UGUGUGUAAGGGUGUGGACAUCGACACACUGAACAGAAAACUGGACAGGCGUUAGUGAUCAGCUGUUAGAAAUGAAGAUUGUUGUUCUCGGUGCGACAGGUCCUACAGGACUCCAGCUUGUACAGGAGGCGUUAGAGAGGGGACAUGAAGUUACAGCACUUGUGAGGAAUCCAGAAAAACUAGGACAAAUUGAUGACCUUAAAUUGACGGUUGAAAAGGUUGAUAUAUUCAAAGAGGAUGACUUAAGUAGUCACUUUAGCGGAUGUGACGUAGUGAUGUCCUGUCUUGGCACGGGUCCAAGCCUCUUCGGCAUGAGGACUAUAACGUUCUACUUGGAUUCCAUCAAACCUAUCACUGGUGCUAUGCGCAAAUGCGGAAAUACUCGACUGGUAACCAUGACGUCAGUGGACACUAUACCACAAAACAGGGGGCCUUGGAUUUUUGAGUGGAUUAUACGGCCCGUUUUCUUAUCAAGUGUCCUACAGAGCAUGUCAGUGAUGGAGGAUUAUCUUCAAAAGCAAUGCUCGGAUUUAGAUUACACUGUUGUCAAACCUCCUGGGUUAACAGACGAGCCAAGUAGUGGGAAGGAAGUAAAGGCAGGGGAGGGACAGUACGUAGAAGGCACGAUUCGGCGGAUCCCACGCAGGGACGUGGCAAAAUUCAUGUUGGACUGCAUUCCUCAAACACAGUCGGUGCGUAAACUCAUGUCGAUCGGACUUCCGGUGUGAUUAUAUUAUACUUGCAUUAUCUCGUCAACAACAACAGUAAUGAGCAUAGUAACAGUAGUUGGAACAAAGAUCGCAGGAUCAGCCGAAACCACAUCAUAAACAUCAACAGCAGCAACAAAACUAGAACAACAACAGCCAAGAACUACACCAAAACAACAGCAGCAGACCGACAACAGCAGCAGACCGAUAACAGCAGACCAACAUCAGCCAAGAACUACACCAAAACAACAGCAGACCGACAACAGCAGACAGACAGCAGCAGACCGACAACAGCAGACAGACAGCAGCAGACCGACAACAGCAGACCGCAGCAGACCGACAAUAGACCAACAAUAGCCAAGAACUACAC